GAGUUUGAUCCAGAGGAGUUCUACCACUUGUUGGAAGCAGCAGAGGGUCAUGCCAAGGAAGGUCAGGGCAUCAAGUCCGACAUCCCCAGAUACAUCAUCAGCCAGCUGGGCCUCACCAGGGACCCCCUGGAGGAAAUGGCCCAGCUGAGCAGCUAUGACAGCGGGAACCCAGAAACCCCAGAGACCGACGACUCGGUGGACACUCGAGGAACCACAGUUCCAGCUGCACCGACUCCAAAAACCAAAACACCCAGAGAGGAAGACUUUGAAAACAUCAAGCUCAUCAGCAACGGGGCUUAUGGUGCUGUGUUUCUGGUGCGUCACAAAGAGACCCGGCAGCGUUUCGCCAUGAAGAAGAUCAACAAGCAGAACCUGAUCCUGAGGAACCAGAUCCAACAGGCCUUCGUGGAAAGAGACAUCCUGACGUUCGCAGAGAACCCGUUUGUCGUCUCCAUGUUCUGCUCUUUUGAGACCAGGCGGCACCUCUGCAUGGUGAUGGAGUACGUGGAGGGUGGCGACUGUGCCACGCUGCUGAAGAACAUCGGGGCGCUGCCGGUCGACAUGGCUCGAAUGUACUUCGCAGAAACCGUCCUCGCGCUCGAGUAUCUUCACAACUACGGCAUCGUACACCGAGACCUCAAACCUGACAAUCUUCUCAUCACGUCCAUGGGACACAUCAAGCUGACGGACUUCGGCCUCUCAAAGAUCGGUUUGAUGAGUUUGACCACAAACUUGUACGAAGGACACAUCGAGAAAGACACCAGAGAGUUCCUGGACAAACAGGUGUGCGGUACUCCAGAAUACAUCGCUCCAGAGGUCAUUCUGCGUCAGGGCUACGGGAAGCCGGUGGACUGGUGGGCGAUGGGCGUCAUCCUGUACGAGUUCCUGGUGGGCUGCGCUCCGUUCUUCGGAGACACGCCGGAGGAGCUGUUUGGUCAGGUCAUCAGCGAUGAAAUCAUUUGGCCAGAGGAAGAGGAGGCUCUGCCUCAGGAGGCUCAGGAUCUCAUCUGCAAACUGCUGAGACAAAACCCACUGGAGAGACUGGGCACAG